AUGUCUCUAGACACAAAGUUUGCGCAGAACGAGUGCCUCGUGUGCGAGGGAAAGCACUGGCAAGUCACCGAUGUGGAGCAUUGCAGCCUCAUCGACGCCGUCAUCGGAGCUUCCGACGCCCGAAAGCGAUUCGAGAUAACGACGGUCCUGCAGGACAUCUGCCAGCGGGAGAAGUGCGAAAAAGCGGCACGUCGGGUCGAGCAAGCGGCGGACAAAGCAGUAUUCGAGACUUAUCGCGUUCAAUUUGAGCUAUCAUUUCGCCAUCAACUCGAAUCCAAAGACCAGCAGAUGGAAGGACUUAGGCGCCAGCUUGCCGACCGCAAUGAAUCCAAAGACCGGCAGAUGGAAAAACUCAGGCGUCAGUUUGCCGACCGCGACCUCCAGCUUGCCGACCACCACAAUGGAGUUCAAGAAGUCCAAAAUCAGCUCAAGGACGAGGUUGCCGACCUCAAGACGCAGCUUGGCGAUCGCGACCAGAUUAUCCAAGAACUUCAGCAAAAGGCCGACGAGAUGGAAGCUCGAUACGCCGAGUCCCACUACAAUCACGGAAUGACGAUGCGAGCGAAGCGCAAGCUAGCCGAAGAGCUCGAGGAGACGUCUGAGAAGUUCAAGACGAUGGAGAAGGAACGUGUGGAGGUGGAAGCCGGCAAGAAGUGGAUGUUCGAACGUUGGGGAGAGUUGUCCAACUUGAGAGCGGAAAAGCGUGCCCGAACCCAGCCGCCCGUUCACAAGUUGCGGUGCUUCAACUGCUUCAAGACCAUGCAGGGUGAUUGUGAUGGAACCCCGGGCUGCCAGAACUGUCUAAAAGCGAACUUGCCAUGCACGUAUCGGCUCUGUCGGCCAUAUGACGAGAAGGCCAGGUUCAGCCACGGAAAGGGGUGCACUAAGGUUGGGUGCACCCAGUUCCACGACGAGAAGAGGGACGGUUACUGUAUCGUUGAGUAG